AUGGCGGAGCAUCUCCGAUCCCUCGUCGCGGACGCACUGGACGCCAUUGCCCACCCAAGCCCCGAAGAUCCUAUUCUCGAGUGUUUUGACCAUGACUCCGCAGCACUUUGUGAAGCGCUAAAACAGCCAGAUCGCGCUCUUGAGCUUGCAGACGCGAAACUUCGCGUGUUCCCGUUCAAGGAUGUGAAAACCUGCUGGCGAAGGCUUUACACGGACGCCAGCAUCGCCAAAGUCUGUCGCAUGAUCUGCGAUCACUUUGGCUUCGCAUGCGACAGCACAGCUCUGAAAAAUGGUUCCGCAGUAGCAAAUGGCGCUGCUAUACCCUCAGCGUACAAUCAGACCGCAAGCAAAAUGCAGAAUGGAACUUACGGGCUCGCUGCAGACGCUCCGUGGCUGGUGUCCGCAAUCCACACCCUCGACAACGCACUGAUUAUGACGGGCGCUCCCCUUCGCGAGAGUCUGGUCGAAUCUCUCUUCUCUGCCCUACAGCUCGCGACGCGCACCCCUCUAGAUGCGAAGACGGCGCCGCACUUUCCUGAUAACUCCAGCGACUCAGAGCCUGACAAUCACUUCUCGAAGCGCAGAAAGCUCUCCCCUCCCCUCUUCCCGCCGGAUAUGGUGCCACCAAUGCACCUGAAACACCCCAUUCCCCGCGUCUCUGCGCCCUCUUUCGACGCGAUCGAGCACCACAUCCACCACGUUCGGACACCGUUAGUGAUCACCGACGCAGUAGACCACUGGCCCGCUCUGUCGACCCGGCCAUGGGCCUCGCGGGACUACUGGCUCGACCGCACCUUUGGCGGACGGAGGCUUGUUCCCGUGGAGGUAGGUAGGUCGUAUACGGACGAGGGAUGGGGCCAGCGGAUCAUGGAGUUUGGGAAAUUUGUCGACCGGUAUCUCUGGAGGGGAGAGACGGGGCGAUCGGACGGGAGUGCGGGUGAUAGCGACGAGGACGCUGGUCAGACUGGAUACAUGGCGCAGCAUGACCUACUUUCCCAAAUUCCCGCGCUACGGAAGGAUAUCUGCAUCCCUGAUUACUGCUACAUCGAGCCUCCUGGCCCCGAACCAGGAACGCCAGUCUACGUAAAAAAGCAGCGGGAACGAGAGGAGAAACUUGCAGCGAUGAAUGCACAUUCCGCACCGGCCAUUGGACACGAAGCGCAAACAGAGGGCAAAGCGAACAAUGAGCGAGGAACCCUCGGUGACGAAGAUUCGCUCCUGGGAGUCCCCAGCGACCCCAUCAUCAAUACCUGGAUCGGCCCUUCCUGGACAAUAUCUCCCCUCCACCACGACCCAUACCACAAUAUCUUGGUCCAAGUGGUCGGCGCGAAAUAUAUCCGUCUGUACCCACCGCACACUCCAGCCUCGCAGAUCUACCCGAAGGGCAUGGAGGCGGUCAAUUCCUCCUCUGCAGCCAACAUCGCACAUACCUCAUCGGACGCCGCUCAGCUGCAGGGGAAGGGAUCCGAGGCCAGAGUCGAGGCCCAGGCCCAGCUUAUCGACAUGUCGAACACUUCACAGGUCGAUUUGGCGGCCAUCGAGCUCUCCCCCGCCGAAUCCGAACAGUGGGAUGCAAUGUGGCCAGGUUUCCUGGAGGCAGAGUACGUAGAGACCAUGCUUAAGGAGGGAGAGUGCUUGUACAUUCCUGUAGGGUGGUGGCAUUAUGUCCGUGGCCUGAAGGCGGGGAUCAGUGUUAGUUUUUGGUGGGAAUAG